UUGUACGUCAUUUUCAGAUUGGCACGUGUGCCUGCGUGUGUAGGCGAGUAAGCUCCUCACGCGUGUGGCAAUUGCAAUCCUCUUCAAUGCACUAGAUUCUCUCCCUCUCUCUUCCGGAACUUCCAUCGAUUUGGGCCUUGUUCUCUUCAAUCCUGAAAUCGUAUCUGCUAUUUAAAAAAAAAAAAUUUAUUUUGCCUUUAUUUUUUAUUUUGUAAUUUUUUGAAAUCUGUCUGCCUGCUGUCUGUCUAAUAACUUCCAUCGAUCGGGUUUUUCUUUUCAUUCCUAAAAUCGCAUCUGCUUCUUCUUCUUCUUCUUCUUCUUUUUUACUACAUUUUUUUUCCAAUUUUGUAAUUCUUUGAAAUUUCUCUCUUGUUGGGUGUUUGUGGGAAGUGGUGGGCCUUUUCGCCCUGCUGAGAUUGCAAUCCAUGAUCAGCUGCGCUCCAUGGAUCCAUCUUCAGCUCAAUCCAAUCCCUCUAUCGAAGAAGAUGAAUGGGAUACUGAUGGAUUCGUGAUCCCAAGCUUGACAGUCGAAGACUCAGAUCUUGGUGACCCAGAUGUGCCAAAAAUAACGGACAAGAAACCCUCUUCUCCCAAGGUCACCGAGGAAAAGAUCUACUUGGGGCCGCACGGGGCUCCACCUUCUCAAGCCAAGCAGCAGGAGUUGAAUGCUGCAGGCCGUAAACAGCGGCUCAAGCAUAAGCUAAAGGAAGCGGAUAGGAGAUUUGCAGGAACGGGGCGGGAGAAUAAGAUGGAAAGCCUGCGAGAGCUCGUGGGUGGAGGCAAGGUAGGCGUCACCAUGUCAAAGGGCUCAUCUCCUCGUGAUUGGCUCGACCCACAUUGCCAUGAAUCACAAUUUGAGAGGUAUGCUCACUGAAAAUCUUGUUAGAGUGACUUAAAAGUAUACUUGUGUUUGGCUUUUUCAAUACUACAAUUGGAGCAUUUGCUUUUUGGAAGCUAUGCAUCUUUGUUAUAAACACUGGCUAUUGAUUUUUACUGUUUGAAUGAAUUUAUUGGGAGCUUGAAAUUUCUGGGUUCUGUUAA